CCCCCUGCAGACGGCCUGGCGGCGAUGGACCUGAAGGACCGGCGGCAGCGCUCCCUGACGCGCGGCCCGAGCGGGAAGGAGCCCAGCUUCUCGUCCUCCUCGCUGGACGCCGGGGAGUGCCGCGUGCCCACGCAGAAAUCCUACAGCUCCAGCGACACGCUGAAGGCCUUGGACCAGGAGGCCCGGCUGCGCUACGCUGGCUGCAUGGCCGAGCUGGUGCACCGCGAGGCCGACGAGUUCCCCCAGCAAGGUAAUUUUACUUUGGCAGAGCUGGGUAUCUGUGAGCCGGCCCCUCACCAGAGUGCGUACUGCUCGGACCUGGGCCUGCUGCACCGCGCCUACUCCCUGAGCGCGGGCUCCGAUGCCGACUCCGACCCAGAGGGGGCGCUGUCCCCGGAGCGCGCCGUCCAGCUCUGGGGGGGGCACGAGAUCAAGUCCCGCCGCAGUUCCGGCCUCUCCAGCCGCGAGAACUCCGCCCUCACCCUCACCGACUCCGAUAACGACAAGUCCGAUGAGGAGUCAGGUCGGCCCCUCCCUCCCACGCCUGCGUCCAGCCUCCUGCCUCCGGCCCCCCCCCCUCCCUCCGGUCCUCCCCACGCUGGCUCGCCCUCGGUCAGAGAGUGCCAGGUGCCCCUGCUGGAGGGAAGCUCCCCCCACACGGUCCUGGAGCCCCACCCCGACGACCAGUUCUCUCCCAACUCAUACCUGCUGCGAGCCUGUGGCUCGGCCCCCCAGCCCCCCCCUGCGGGCCCCCCCAACCACCACAGCCAGUCCACCCUGAGGCCCCCCCUGCCACCGCCCCACAGCCACCCGACGCUCUCACACCCCCACUCCUCCGCCAACUCGCUGAACCGCCACACACUCCGGCGCAACCCCGCCCACGCCCCCCCCACCGCCCCCGGGGACGGCCCCUCCACACCCGAGUCCGUGCAGCUCCAGGACAGCUGGGUCCUCAACAGCAACGUCCCCCUGGAGACCAGGCAUUUCCUGUUCAAGACGUCAUCGGGGACCACGCCCCUAUUCAGCAGCUCGUCUCCGGGGUACCCCCUGACCUCUGGGACCGUGUACUCCCCCCCGCCGCGCCUGUUACCCCGGAACACCUUCUCCCGCAGCGCCUUCAAGCUCAAGAAGCCGUCCAAGUACUGCAGCUGGAAGUGCGCCGCCGUGUCCGCCAUCGCUGCCGCUGCCCUGCUGGCCAUCCUGCUGUCCUACUUCAUCGCCAUGAACCUGCUUGGGCUGAACUGGCAGCUGCAGCCGGCAGACAGCCACAUUAUCAACAGUGGCCUGAGCACAGGGCUGCCUGGCAACAGCGAUGUGGCAACAGUGCCCUCUGGAGGCAGAGGGUCGUGGGCAUCCCGGAACAGCAGCAUAGACACGGGCGAGGUGGAAGUGGGGCGGCGAGUGACCCAGGACGUCCCGCCAGGAAUGUUCUGGAGAUCGCUGCUGCACCUCAGCCAGCCACAGUUCCUCAAGUUUAACAUCUCCCUGGGAAAGGACGCGCUGUUCGGGGUCUACAUCCGCAAGGGCCUGCCCCCCUCCCACGCACAGUACGACUACAUGGAACGGCUGGACGGGAAGGAGAAGUGGAGCGUGGUGGAGUCGCCACGGGAACGCCGCAGUAUCCAGACGGUGGUUCUGAACGAGGCGGUCUUUGUGCAGUACCUGGACCCGGGCACCUGGCACCUGGCCUUCUACAACGACGGGAAGGAGAAGGAGUCCGUUUCCUUCAGCACCGCGGUGCUGGAUUCUGUGCAAGAGUGUCCCCGCAAUUGCCAUGGAAAUGGAGAGUGUGUGUCUGGCGUGUGCCACUGCUUUCCAGGGUUCCAUGGGAUGGACUGCUCGAAAGUGGCGUGCCCGGUGCUCUGUAGUGGGAAUGGGCAGUAUGAUAAGGGUAGCUGCGUGUGCUACAGCGGGUGGAAGGGUCCAGAAUGUGACGUUCCCAGCAGCCAGUGCAUGGACCCCCAGUGCAGCGGGCACGGCACCUGCUCCGACGGGACCUGCGUCUGCUCAACAGGGUUCAAAGGGGAGACCUGCGCUGAAGUGGACUGCCUGGACCCCCGCUGCUCUAAUAAAGGGGUGUGUGUGGAUGGGGAGUGCCACUGUAAACCCGGCUGGGGGGGGGCACACUGCGAGCUCCCCCGCCCCCAGUGCCCCGACCAGUGCCACGGGCACGGAGCCUUCAUCCCCGACACCGGCCUCUGCAGCUGUGACCCAAACUGGAUGGGCCCAGACUGCUCUGUGGAGGUGUGCUCGGUGGACUGCGGGACGCACGGCGUGUGCGUGGGCGGGGCCUGCCGCUGUGAGGAGGGCUGGACGGGCGCGGGCUGUGACCAGCGUGUGUGCAGCCCGCUGUGCGUGAAGCACGGCACCUGCCAGGACGGGAAGUGCGAGUGUCAGCAGGGCUGGAACGGCGAGCACUGCACCAUCGACGGGUGCCCUAACCUGUGUGGGGGGAACGGGCAGUGCACUCUGGGACAGAACAACUGGCACUGCGAAUGUCACAUGGGCUGGAGGGGGCCAGGCUGCAGCGUUGCCAUGGAAACAUCCUGUGCUGACAACAAGGACAACGAGGGAGACGGGCUGACAGACUGCAUGGACCCAGACUGCUGCAUCCAGAGCCCCUGCCAGAACAGCCCGCUGUGCCGGGGGUCCCGGGACCCCCUGCAGCUCAUCCAGCACAGCCAAUCACCUGCCCAGAAAGUGAGGUCAUUCUACGAGCGGGUGAAGAUGCUGGUGGGCAGGGACAGCACCCACAUCAUUCCUGCUGAGAACCCCUUUAAUGAAAGCUUGGCGUCCCUGAUUCGAGGGCAGGUCCUCACAGCAGACGGGACGCCCCUGGUGGGGGUCAAUGUGUCCUUCGUCAAAUACCCCCUCUACGGCUACACCCUCACACGCCAGGACGGGACGUUUGACCUCCUGGCCAAUGGUGGCGGCUCUCUGACCUUGCACUUUGAACGCGCUCCUUUUCUGAGCCAGGAGCGCACCCUGUGGCUGCCCUGGAACACGUUCGUUGCCAUGGACACGCUGGUGCUAAAGACAGAGGAGAACACCAUCGCGGGGUGCGACCUCAGCGGGUUUGUGCGUCCCGACCCCGUGGUGGUGGCCUCCCCCCUGUCAUCCUUCUUCAGCUCCUUGCCCGGGGAGAGACCCAUCGUCCCAGAGACGCAGGUGCUCCAUGAGCAGGUGGACAUCCCUGGCAGCAGUCUGAAGCUGUGUUACCUGAGCUCACGCACGCAGGGCUACCGCGCCCUGCUCAAGAUCACCAUGACGCCGGUCGUCGUGCCGCUCAGCCUAGUCCGGGUUCACCUCAUGGUCGCUGUGGAGGGGCAUCUCUUCCAGAAGUGGUUCCACUCGUCCCCCAACCUGGCCUACACCUUCAUCUGGGACAAGACCGAUGCCUACGGCCAGAGGGUCUACGGCCUGGCAGAAGCUGUGGUGUCUGUGGGGUAUGAGUACGAGGUGUGUCCCAGCCUGAUCCUGUGGGAGAAGAGGACAGCAGUACUGCAGGGGUUCGAGCUCCACCCCUCCAACCUGGGUGGCUGGUCCCUGGACAAACACCACACCCUCAACAUCCGCAGCGGCAUCCUGCACAAGGGCAGCGGGGAGAACCUGUUCCUCUCACAGCAGCCACCUGUCAUCUGGAGCAUCAUGGGUAAUGGGCGUCGCCGGAGCAUCUCGUGCCCAAGCUGUAAUGGGCUGGCUGAUGGGAACAAGCUGCUGGCGCCAGUGGCACUGGCAGCGGGCAUCGACGGCAGCCUGUACGUGGGGGACCUCAACUUCGUCCGCAGGGUGUACCCCUCCCUGAACACCACGGGGAUCCUGGAGCUCAGAAACAAGGAUUUCAGACACAGCACUAACCCCACUCAUAAGUACUUCCUGGCGGUGGACCCGGUCUCUGGGGGGCUCUUCAUCUCGGACACAAACUCCCGGCGGAUCUACGGCGUUCGCUGGCUGGCCGGCGGCGGGCCGCUGGCGGAUAACGCAGAGGUGGUGGCCGGGACGGGCGAGCAGUGCCUGCCUUUCGACGAGCGCUGCGGGGAUGGGGGCAAGGCUGUGGAAGCCACCCUCAUGAGCCCUAAGGGGAUCGCUGUGGAUAAAAACGGACUCAUGUACUUUGUGGACGCCACCAUGAUCCGCAAGGUGGAUCAGAACGGCAUCAUCUCCACGCUCCUGGGAGCCAAUGACCUCACAGCCGUGCGGCCCCUCAGCUGUGACGCCAGCAUGGACGUCAGCCAGGUGCGUUUGGAGUGGCCCACGGACCUGGCGGUGAACCCCAUGGACAACUCUCUGUACGUCCUGGAGAACAACGUCAUCCUGCGCAUCACGGAGAACCACCAGGUGAGCAUCAUCGCUGGGCGGCCCAUGCACUGCCAGGUGCCCGGCAUCGACUACUCGCUCAGCAAGCUGGCCAUCCACUCUGCGCUGGAGAGCGCCACCGCCAUCGCCAUCUCGCACACGGGCGUGCUCUACAUCGCCGAGACGGACGAGAAGAAGAUCAACCGCGUGCGGCAGGUCAGCACGGGCGGCGAGAUCUCUCUGCUGGCGGGCGCCGCGUCCGAGUGCGACUGCAAGAACGACGUCAACUGCAACUGCUUCGCCGGCGACGACGGCUACGCCACGGACGCCAGCCUCAACUCGCCCACCUCGCUGGCGGCCUCGCCCGACGGCACGCUCUACAUCGCCGACCUCAACAACAUCCGCAUCCGGGCGGUGCGCGGGAGCCGGCCGGCGCUGGCGGCGACGGGGCUCUACGAGGUGGCGUCCCCGCAGGAGCAGGAGCUCUACCUGUUCAGCGGCGAGGGCCGGCACGUCCAGACCGUCAGCCUGGUCACCGGCCAGCCGCUCUACAACUUCACCUACGCCGCCGACGGAGAGCUCGCUGCCGUCAUCGACAACUGCAACAACACGCUGCGCGUGCGGCGGGAGGGGGCGGGGCCGGGGGGCGCGGGGGCGGGGCUGCUGCGGCUCCUUCUGCUGCCCGAGAACCAGGCGGUGACGCUGGGGCUGGACCAGGCCGGCAGCCUGCAGUCCGUCUCCGCCCUUAACCAGGAGGUGGCGCUGCUGGGCUACUCCAUCAACACGGGCUUACUCACCUCCAAAUCUGAUGAGACCGGAUGGACCACAUUCUAUGAGUAUGACAGUGAGGGCCGGCUGACCAAUGUCACCUACCCCACAGGAAUGGUGGCCAGUCUGCACAGGGAGAUCGAGCGUUCCAUCAACGUUGAUGUUGAGAGCUCAGACAGAGAUGACGAUGUCACCGUCAUCACUAACCUGUCAUCUGUAGAGGCCUCCUACACUGUGGUUCAAGACCAGGUGCGGAACAGCUACCAGCUGUGCAACAACGGCACGCUGAGGGUGGCAUACGCCAACGGCAUGGGCAUCAGCUUCCACACUGAGCCACACAUCCUGGCGGGCUCGGUCAGCCCCACCAUCGGCCGCCGCAACAUCACCCUGCCCACCGACAACGGCCUCAACUCCAUCGAAUGGCGUCUGCGCAAGGAGCAGACCAAGGGCAAGAUCACCGUAUUCGGCAGGAAGCUGAGGGCACACGGACGGAACCUCCUCUCCAUCGACUUCGACAGGAACACGCGCACGGAGAAGAUCUACGACGACCACCGCAAGUUCCUGCUGCGCAUCAUGUACGAUGCGCAGGGCCGGCCAGCCGUGUGGCUGCCCAGCAGCAGCCUGGCGGUGGUCAACGUGUCAUACUCGCCCUCCGGCCAGCUGGUGGGGCUGCAGCGAGGCAGCAUGAGCGAGCGGACCGAGUUCGACGCCCUCGGACGCGUCCUCUCCCGCACCUUCGUGGACGGGAAGGUGUGGAGCUACAGCUACCUGGACAAGUCCAUGGUGCUGCUUCUACAGACUCAGAGACAGUACAUCUUUGAGUUUGACGCCUCCGGACGCGUUACCGCGGUUACAAUGCCCAGCGUUGCCCGGCACACCAUGUCCACCCACGUGUCCAUUGGCUACAUCCGGAACACCUACAGCCCCCCCGAGAGCAACGCCUCAGUCAUCCACGACUUCAGCGAGGACGGCCGGCCGCUGGCCACCUACUUCCUGGGCACCGGCCGCCGCGUCCUGUACAAGCACGGCAAGCUGGCCAAGCUGUCCGAGGUGCUGUACGACAGCACCGCCGUCACCUUCGGCUACGACGAGACCGCCGGCGUGCUUAAGAUGGUCAGCCUGCAGAGCGGCGGCUUCUCCUGCACCAUCCGCUACCGCAAGAUGGGCCCCCUGGUGGACAAGCAGAUCUACCGCUUCUCCGAGGAGGGCAUGGUCAACGCCCGCUUCGACUACACCUACCACGACAACAGCUUCCGCAUCGCCAGCAUGAAGCCCGUCAUCAGCGAGACCCCACUGCCCGUCGACCUCUACCGCUACGACGAGAUCUCCGGCAAGGUGGAGCACUUCGGAAAGUUUGGCGUCAUUUACUACGACAUCAACCAGAUCAUCACCACGGCUGUGAUGACGCUCAGCAAGCACUUUGACACGCACGGGCGCAUCAAGGAGGUGCAGUACGAGAUCUUCCGCUCGCUCAUGUACUGGAUGACGGUGCAGUACGACAGCAUGGGCCGGGUCAUCAAGCGCGAGCUGAAGAUCGGGCCGUACGCCAACACCACGCAGUACCGCUACGAGUACGACGGCGACGGCCAGCUCACCGGGGUCAAGGUCAACGACUGGCCCACCUGGCGCUACAGCUACGACCUGAACGGGAACCUGCACCUGCUGAACCCGGGCAACAGCGCCCGGCUGCUGCCCCUGCGCUACGACCUGCGGGACCGCAUCACGCGCCUGGGCGACGUGCAGUACCGGCUGGACGAGGACGGCUUCCUGAGCCAGCGCGGGGCCGAUGUCUUCCACUACAACUCCAAGGGGCUGCUGGAGCGGGCCUACAGCCGGGCGCCCGGCGGCUGGAGCGUGCAGUACCGCUACGACGGGCUGGGCCGUCGCGUGUCCCGCCGCACCGGGCUGGGCCAGCACCUGCAGUUCUUCUAUGCCGACCUGAACCACCCGACCCGCGUCACCCACGUCUUCAACCACUCCAGCUCGGACAUCGCCUCGCUGUACUACGACCUGCAGGGCCACCUGUUCGCCAUGGAGCUGAGCAGCGGCGAGGAGUUCUACAUCGCCUCCGACAACACCGGCACGCCGCUGGCCGUCUUCAGCAGCAACGGCCAGAUGAUCAAGCAGCUGCAGUACACGGCAUAUGGCGAGCUCUACCACGACUCCAACCCCGACUUCCCGCUGGUGGUCGGGUUCCACGGGGGCCUGUACGACCCGCUCACCAGGCUGGUGCACUUCACCCAGCGCGACUACGAUGUGCUGGCAGGCCGCUGGACCGCGCCCGACUACACCCUCUGGCACAAGAUUGGCAAGAACCCAGCGCCCUUCAACCUCUACAUGUUCAAGAACAACAAUCCCCUGAGUGACAUGCUGGAUCUGAAGAAUUAUGUCACAGAUGUGAAGAGCUGGUUGGUGAUGUUUGGCUUUCAGCUGAGCAACAUCAUCCCUGGUUUCCCCAAACACACCUUGUACUUUGUGGAGCCGCCAUAUGAGCUUCUGGCCAGCCAGGAGAGUGAGAACGGACAGCUGAUCACAGGGGUGCAGCAGGCGGCCGAGCGGCACAACCAGGCCUUCAUGGCGCUGGAGGGGCGUCGGCUCAGCAAGGAGAGGCGAGGCCAGCGGAGCAAGCCGGGGCACUGGUUCGGCACGGGCACCCCGCUCAUCGGGCGGGGCGUGAUGCUGGCCAUGAAGGAGGGGCGCGUGGUGACGGGCGUGGCCGGCACCGCCAGCGAGGACAGCCGCAAGGUGGCAGCGGUGCUCAAUGGUGCCCUCUACGUGCAGGGCACGCACUACACGCAGGACGGCCGCGACUGCCACUUCUUUGUGAAGGUGGGUGCGGCGGACGGCGACCUGAUGCUCCUGGGAAUCACCAAUGGGCGCAAAGCACUGGCGAGUGGCAUCAAUGUGACGGUGAGCGGGCGCUUGCGGCGCGGGGCGGUGGUGGAGUUCCGCUCCGCCGCGCUGUCACUCAGCGUGCGCUACGGCCUGGCGCCGGACGUCCUGGACGAGGAGCGCACGCGGCUGCAGGAGCUGGCCCGCCAGAGGGCGCUGUCGGGCGCCUGGGCCCGCGAGCAGCAGCAGGUCCGCGACGGAAAGGAGGGCAGCCGCCUAUGGACCGACGGCGAGCGACAGCAGCUGCUCUCCACGGGGCGCGUGCAGGGGUACGACGGCUACUACGUCCUGCCUGUGGACCAGUACCCCCAGCUGGCCGACAGCUGCACCAACAUCCAGUUCCUCAGACAGAACGAGAUGGGCAAGAGGUAACAGAGCAUAGCGCCCCCUACUGACUGGCUGUCUGUACGGCCCCUCCUCCCCCUUUCUGCUCCUGACACUGGGAGAUUAGAUGUAUGGGGUUACACACUGAGUACUGCAGGGACAAACAAAAACCACUUAAAAAUAUAACUGCCACAGGCAAAAACAUGGAAGUAAAGAAUCACAACCUUUCUCUUUGACCACGGACUUGUAAAAGCACGGAGCAGUGUUGACCUUCUAAUGGUUGAAAAAGAGGAAUCCCCUUUUUAAAAAAGAAUAAAUAUUUUCACCCACAUUUUUUUGGGUGUGUGGUAAAUGGACUGACAGGUGGUGGGCGGGUCCGGUGAAGUGUGGUCCGGACCUCAUGAUUGGCUGACACUGAGUGAGGUCACUCUGGAGGAGUGGCUAACGACGCGCGCUAAUAAACACACAACCAUCUCAGGCCUGCCGUCGGGCUGACGCCCAGCUGUGCCCCACUCUGCCACGCCCAGCUGUGCCCCACUCUGCCACGCUUUCAGUUCCUCUGGGAACACCAGUCAAGCAGAGAAAAACAUUUUUAAAAACUUAAACCACACCUAUAUUUGCGGUAAAUAAUAUCGAACAUUGUUUUAUUUUAAACUGGGAGUUAAAACUACAUUGUGUCAGACACUGAAGUUCAGGGUGUAUUUUAGAUUUGGUAGUUUUGUAAGUUCCAGUCAUGGUAGAAUUGUGAGGCUUUCACCAGAGCACUGUACAUGGGGAUAAAACACACUUUUUAAUACACCCAGUCAAGUAUUAAAUGAUAUUUAUUUUUAUUUCAUUUUUGUUUAUUUAUUGUUGUUUUUCUUAGUACUCUAUGACAAUCAUGAAGCAGUCACCAGUUCUUUUUCAGGAAGUUGAUCAUUGGUGGUCACGUUUAUGUUCCUUUUGUAAAAUAUGUAAGAAUUGUUCAUUAGGUUUUUUAUAUUCAUUUUAAUUUGCUCUUCAGCAAAUUAUAGUCACAGAAAAAAGUAAUUUAUGUAAAGUGUUUUAAAAUGGUUUAUACUUUAAAUAAAGUCUUUAAACUGUGAAACCUGUUUUUCAAAAUAUAUCUGUAUGUACAGUGUAUAGAUUUACCUUUAUGCAGCACAGUAGAAUAUUGUUGAAAAUAUGAAGUUUUAUAUUUCUAACAGGAAGUGGCUUGUAAUGUGCAAACCUAUAGUUGGUAUUACUACUCUAGAAUUUUGUGAAACUCAGAUAUUCCCAAAUCUCAAUUGUCCCUGUUCUGUUGUUUAAUGCCCCCAGAGAAAUCGCUGUUAUAGAUUCCAAACCCGUAGAAAACGAGUCUUCACUACGAAGGGUCUCAGUAUUGAUGUGAUUAAUUACAUUACAGUAUUGAGCAAUGGUUCUUACUAGGAUGGGACUCUUCUGAAAAAUCAUGAAUAAAAACAUUGUUUACUUCA